UUAGCCAUUAGUGUUUUUUCACACCACCUAACCAGCUUUUGCAAGUGUCUAUGUGUAAACCCUAUCUGCUCAUCGUUGGCUGCGGCAACAGGGGUACACCGCAAGGCAGGGAGGAGAAACACACACGCAAAGACUCGCGGGAGAUCGGAUACCCAGGACCAGGAGAAGACGCGCGGCCCGCUCCGCUUCGCUGCCCCACACCCCCACCUGCCCCUGCUCCUCGAACCGUCCGCCGUUGCGUUCGACAUGGGCGACCCGCCGGCGCUCAAGAGGCCCAAACUCGAGAAGGGCGACAAUGACUCCACCUACUGCCCCCGCUCCGCUUCCAAUGGCGCGGGCGCCAACGGCCCACCGCCGCGUGACGACGUGGAGGAGGAUGACAUCUCGGAGGAGGCGGUCAUCGCCCUCAUCGCGCACCGCGAGCGCGACGUCGAGCGCUGCAAGCUCAAGCUGCUCCACUACCAGUCCCUGCUGGACGCCGCGGAGAUGAAGCUGGAAGAGGCACACUCGCGGCUCGCCAGGUUCCGAGAUCGCAAGCCGCCGCCAACCCGGUCGGAGCCCAAGCUACCGACGCCGCCGAUCCAGAGGGAACCCAAGCCAUCCCCGCCGCCAAUCCGGAGGGAUCUCAAGCCAUCGCCGCAGCCACCAGAGAAGAAGGCUCCAUCGCCCGCGCCGCAGCCGUCGGCGAGCCCGCAGCUUGUCAUCCCAGGGACCAACAACCGACCGGCCCCGCGCCCUCAGCCCAUGCCUGGCUUGAAGAAAGCCGCUGCCCCGUCAUCGUCUUCAUCACGGGCGCCGCUGGAACGGUCAAGGAAAGAGGAGAAGCCGCCCAAGAGAAAGAUUGAACAGAAGGAACAUCGGAACUUGAUUCCGAGUGUCAGGAAAUCAUCUGCGACUGUGCUUAAAUUUCAAGGUGGCAAUUUGGUCUCGAGCCAACACAGGAGGAAGCUUAGGUGUCUCGAGCUAUGCCCUGCUAAUGAUCAGCUCGUUGUUACCAGUGCGCUGGAUGGAUUAGUUACUUUAUGGCAAGUGGAGACUAGAGGACCUUCUCUCUCAUUUCGUGGCAAAACAGAUUUCUUUUCCCCAAAGCAUAGAUGGCCUGAAGAUAUAGCUUGGCAUCCAGCUGGUGAGACAAUUUUUGCUGUAUACACUGCUGAUAAUGGCGAUUCUCAGGUUUCAAUGACAAACCUUAUAUCAGGACAACGGAAAGUUACUUUCCUGCCAGAGAAGCCUCACACAAAGGGAAUCAUAAAUAACAUAAGUUUCAUGCCUUGGUCUGAUGCAUGCUUUGUAACUGGAGGAAGUGACCAUGCUGUUAUACUUUGGGAAGACAAAGAUGAUUCAUGGAAACCGAAGAGAGUGCAUAAGGAUUUCCAUUCUGCUGCUGUCAUGGGUGUUGCUGGAUUGCAACAGAAAAGAACAAUUUUGUCAGUUGGCUGUGACAAGAGGAUAAUAGGAUUUGAUCUCUCUGCUGGAAGGACAGAGUUCAAGAACCUACUUGAUAGCAAAUGCAUGAGCGUAUUAGCAAAUCCAUGCGAUUUCAACCUAUACAUGGUGCAGACAGGGGAUCCAGGCAGACAGCUGCGCUUGUUUGAUGUGAGGCUCAGGCAAACCGAGGUUCACGCGUUUGGUUGGAAGCAAGAGAGCAGCGAGUCUCAGUCAGCUCUGAUCAACCAAUCAUGGUCUCCAGAUGGCUGGUACGUGUCAUCUGGUUCAGCAGAUCCUGUGAUCCACAUCUUCGAUAUCAGGCACCAUGGCCAGAAUCCUUGCCAGUCUGUUGAGGCACACCAGAAGCGAGUGUUCAAAGCUGUCUGGCACCAAACGCUGCCAUAUCUGACCUCCAUAUCAUCGGACCUCAACAUUGGGAUCCACAAAUAUUCAUGAAAGCGACAUCACGUUUUUGGUGCUCAGCAAUCCCAUGAAAACCUGUGGACAUUUGUUUGCUCAAAGCAGAACUUGGCAUCAAUUGAAGAAAACAGCAAAAUCGGUGUGCUUUGAGCUUGUUUCACUGGCCCUGCUUCGACAUUGACCUUCGGUGCAGAAGAACCAUGCUGCGAGAGAGCUCCACAGUUGGAUGUCUUGCUCCAGUUGAUGGAAACAUUCCCACCUGCUUUUUUGAGCUGCUGCUGCAGUUCAUUCACCAGAACACUCUUUGGCUCAAUGAGCUGCUUCGGUUACUUUUGGGAAAAAAAGAGUCAGCUAUACACAUUAUGUCCAAUAUUUUCGGCAACGUAUUCCCUCGUCUGUUACUGCUUUUUUUUUUUUUUUUUUUGCCCUUGUUGGGUGGUUUACAGGGCAUUUAUCUAAGGCCAAAAUCUAUGUGCGCCAUGCGUAGUUUUAUUUUUCUCACACAUGUCUCGCCAACAAUAAUAUAUGUAUUGCUUGUUUUUAUGUAAUGAUAAUAUUUUAUCAAGUAUUACGUGAAAAAUGUAAAGUUGAGUCACUGAGGCCUUUAUUUAAGACAAAUGAUGAUAGUUCAAAGUUGAGUCA